AUGAAUGUACUGAAUGUACUGAAAGAGUUGGAGCAAAAUUUAUUCCUACCGAAGACGCUUGAGUCGUGUCAGCUUAACGAGUUUUCGCGAGAAUAUGUUUGCAAAGUGCGAUACGGCAUAGUCGAUGAUUGCUCAGUGUUGUCGUGUGGCUGCUGCCUUUCAAAUGCCCUUUACAAUGAUAUGAUUUUACGAACGGGACAGGAUCAAGUACGAUGCCCUACGUGUGAUUGCAGAGACGCUACAAUUAUUGGACCUGUUAAACAGCUGAGAAAGCUGUACCAGCAAAUACAGAAUGCGUACAGGAAGCUCGAACAGAAUGAUUACGGAGUUGAAUCAGAGCUAGAGAGUGCAACGGAUGAGGAUUCCGCCAAAGGUGUUACAGGCGAAGAGAACUCGCAGAAAGGCACUCUGGGACAAGGAAACCAGAAAAGCUUGUUGGCUUUAUUUCAUAUGGUUGCCUCCAAAUUGGGAAGCCAGCCGGGGCUUCCUAUGAAUGUGACCGAUUCUACGCGGGGUCGACGGCGAAGCGGUCAGCGAGAUGGCAACGAGUGCGGCUUGGAGAAUGAUCUGGAAGAGAUGCGAGUUUUGGAUAAUGCUUCUAAUACGGGUACGAUACCGAUAUCGCAAAAUUCAAUUAGUGCAUCUGUAAAGAACAACUUUGAAGCUCUGACACGACCUAUCAGCUCUGAUGAAGAGAAAGAGUACUAUUUUGCACAAUGUUUCCCCAUAUAUCGAAAAAGGUCGCAGUUCAGCACGCAUGCGAAAUUUCUAAGAACCAAAUCAAAAUUAUUCAUUAGCAUGGCGAUAUCGCCCGAUUGCACUAAGUUCGUGCUCAUCACGGAGCAUAAGUGGGAAGUAUAUUCCAUAUUGCCCGAUAAAAGUCCCGUCCUAUUGUUCUGUGGUAAAUCUACCGGGGAAUAUGGGCCAGAUUUCGAUCAUCUGGCCUACCCAACUGACAUGUCAGUAUUACUGGUCAAGGGAAAUAACCCUUUACAAAAGGAUCUCUGGGAUCACUUGCAUUGCAAACUUUCAAACGAUUAUCUAAUCAUCUCAGGCUCGAAGAACAGGUUCCGUGUCUUCGAUCUCAACCAGCAGGGUCUCCCGAUACACAGCUACGGUUCCAGUUUCCCAAUCCGGUGCAUUGACAUCAAUCCGAACUCAAAUAUGAUUGCAUGCGGGAUAACAGGCCGUGAUAGAAACACGGGCGCUGAGCAGGCGCUGAUCGUUUUUCAUAAGAUCGAGCGAAACAAGGUCACAUCAGAACCGGAGUUUUUAUCACCUAGUACAAUUACUUUACCGUACAGGGAUCCCAUAAAAACUCUUCAGUUCUCGGACGAUGGUCUAUACUUGUCAUGCUCCACAGCUUUCGAGUCGCGUUUCUUAAUAAUAUCAUUGAGGAAGUUCAAUGAACCGAGACUAAUAAUGAAAAGCUUAAGAUCCAUUGACAGCUCACUUGAAUCAGAAGGUAUAACAGACGUUAAACUAUUUCCAGGAAAUCCUAGCUUGAUGUGCGUGACUUCUGCCGCUUUCAAUGCUCCUCCAAUUGUGGUCAACACCAAGAUUCAAGAUAUCGAUGGGGUGCAAAGAGUUGCCCAGCCGACAAUGCUUAUAAGGCUGGACGAAUUGGGAUCAAAAAUACACAAAUGCGAGAUAUCGCCGCGUAACGACUCAAUAGCGUUUUUAAACCGGAAUGGCUCGGUUUACAUUAUGUUCUCGCCAACGAUGAUGGAUAGUGAAAAGAGAAGAAUAGUUCUGGUGGACAUGGUCGCCGAUGCUUAUCGAGCACACGAGUCAGCUGCAUUAAAAUUCAGUGCGGAUGGGCAUAAGUUAUAUAUCUUGGAUCGAAAGGGAAUUUUGUACGUGGAAGAUUUCUCCUACGGAUUGCCACAGGAGCAUGAGGUCACCAAAUGCAAGCAAAUAACCUAA